AUGCCUUUCGUUAAUCGUUUUGUGCCUACCGAAAGAGAAAGAUCUCCUAUAAGAAUGGCUACUUCAAAUCAACAGAAUAUCGUUCAGCAUGACACUCCUCAAUUAAUUUUUAACAUGCUAAAAGAUUCAAUUCCUUUAUUUGAUGGCUAUUCAAACAAUCUUUCUACAUUUUUAAGAAAGUCUACAGAAUUUUAUAACGCUUUACCUAUUUCCUAUAAAGGACAUGCUUUAACAUUCAUUAAGUCUAGAUUACAAGGUGAACCUGCCGAAUUUACAGAACAAACUAAUCCUAUUACUAUUGAACAUCUUUCUGCAAUUUUAACCACUAGAUUUAAAGAUUACCAAACUGAAGAAAAUUUGACUCGUCAACUUUUUGAUAUUCAUUUCCCAGACUAUAGCGUUUUACAUUCAGAAAUUUGUAACAAACUUCAUGAAUUACGAGAAUUUGCUCGAUUAAAUUAUCUUCCAGAAAUUGCCCCAGCAAUGAUUGCUAGAUAUGAACAAAUGGAUUUAACCUCCUUUUUAUGCGGAAUCAAUUGCGAAUAUCAUUGCGUUGCAUUACAACCACCCCCUAAAAAUAUAGAUGAAGCUAAGAGACGGUGCCAAGAACACGACAAUCUUUUGCAAACCAAACAAUAUAAAGAGUUUCUCGUCACUAAGUCUAAGCCUCAGACAAAUAAACCUGUUAGACCGCCAAUGCAGUCAUAUAGACCUAUCUUUCCCAAUUUUGCUAAUUUCUCUCAUAAUCCCUCUACUUCUCGUACCGCUAUUACUUAUGGACAACAAUUUAGCAACCCACAAUCAUUUCACAAUUCUCGUCCAACUUUAAGACAACCAUUCUAUACUUCCCCACAAAGUCGUCAAUUUUCGAACGCAUUCAACCCCUCUCAACACAAUUUUGCAAAUCGUCCACAAUUUCCUAUGAAUAGGCUCCCUGUCACCAAUACUUCAAGACAAAAUAAUCAAAACCAUCCUACGCCUAUGUCAACUUCGACGAUCCAGUCACGUAGACCUUUUGUAAGACCCAAUUUCUUUUCGAAUAAUGGUCAACGCCCUAGCAUAGCUGUUCAAGAACUUACUAAUAACGAAUCCGAACCCACUAAUGAAAGCUCUACAGAAAAUGUAGCAAACCCCUUCGAAUCUUAUUAUUCUGAAGCUUGUUGUCCAGAAAAUCUCGUAGAAGAUCAAUUUCAAUAUUAUGAAGACGAUUAUUCUCAAGAAAAUUUUCAAUCAACUCCUCAUCAACAAUCCCCAGAAUAG